GUUUGUAUGAUCAAAUAUGAUAUCAAAAUCUUAGUUACCAACUCUUCUUUAAUUUCCAUGUCACACUCUCUUUCUCUCCCUCAUUAACUUUAUAUAUAUUUCCUCUACUACCCAUUUAUUUAAAUGGCCACACAUCUAGAAUGCUUCUUCCUCAAACUUGAGCCCCUUCUCACAAUGGCAAGAACAUUUCUAGUUUGGUUCUUGUGUCUUGGGGUGCCUUGUUUCUUUGUAAUUAUUGAUGCUGGAGUUUAUGGAGAUCAUCAGAACUUGCAUCCAAGAACCAUUUCUGGUGCCAAUCACUACCAUAAAGAUAUAAGAAGAUUACAAGCCUUUAAGGCCUCUCUUACUAGACAUGCUUCUGUUGCUUCAACACCUUCUUCAUUUUCAUCCUCUUCUGCUUCUUCCCCUUUGCUAUCUGAGGGUGUGAACAAUCCACGUGUAUACCACGUGACAUCGUAUGGGGCAGAUCCAAGUGGGAAUUCAGACAGCACAGAAGCAAUUCUUGCAGCCAUAGCAGAUGCAGCCAAGGUUCCAAGUCAAGGACAGUUGAUGCAGGGCAUCACUGAUCUUGGAGGUGUCCAUGUUGAUCUUGAGGGUGGUAGCUACCUCAUCAGCCGUCCACUGCGCUUGCCGGCCGCCCGUCUGGGGAACCUCAUGAUACAUGGUGGAACUAUAAGAGCCUCAAAUAACUUUCCAGAAGAUGGGUACCUCAUUGAUUUGUCAUCAACCUCUUCUUCUUCUUCUUCUUCUAAUAAUAAUAAUAAUAAUGAGAACAAUGGAGCUAACUCGGAGAGUUCCCGCUCUUCACGCUACAAUUUUGAGUACAUAAGCUUCAAGGACCUCUUGUUAGACUCAAACUUCAGAGGUGGGGGCAUUUCAGUAAUUAACUCACUCAGAACUAACAUAGACAAUUGUUACAUUACACACUUCACCACAAAUGGAAUUUUAGUCCAAAGUGGUCAUGAGACAUACAUUAGAAACACUUUUCUUGGCCAGUACGUAACCGCAGGAGGUGAUAAAAAUGAAAAGAAUUUCUCCGGGACCGGAAUAAGUCUCCUCGGCAACGAUAACGCCGUCACGGAUGUUGUCAUUUUCUCUGCAGCUAUAGGAAUAAUGGUAACCGGUCAGGCCAACACGUUCUCCGGCGUGCAUUGUUACAAUAAGGCCACCGGAUUUGGAGGGACCGGGAUAUAUCUGAAGCUGCCGGGGCUAACACAGACAAGGAUUGUGAAUUCUUACAUGGAUUACACGAGUAUCGUCGCCGAGGAUCCGGUCCAGCUCCAUGUCUCUAGCAGUUUCUUCCUUGGUGAUGCCAACAUUGUCCUUAAAUCAGUGAAUGGUGUUGUGAAUGGAGUCAGCAUUGUUGAUAACAUGUUUUCAGGGUCCGGUUCUGGGGUGGAGAUUGUUCAAUUGGACCAAUCAAAAAACAGUUUCAACCAAAUUGAUCAAGCUAUUGUUGAUAGGAACAUUGUGAGGGGAAUGAAUUUGAAGGCCACAGUGGCAAAAAUGUCAAUUCAAGGGAAUGGAACAUUAUGGAAUGUUGAUUUUAGUAAUGUUCUGCUUUUUCCAAACCUUAUCAGAAAUGUUCAGUACUCAUUAAGCUCUAGUGGUGGAACAUUCCCUAAUCAUGCUUUGAGGAAUGUAUCUGAGAACAAGGUUGUGAUUGAAACAAGUGAAGCAGUGGAUGCAAAUGUUUUUGUUACUGUGGAUCAGAGUAUGGUAAUUUGAUUGAACAGGGUUUGAACUUUGUAGAGUGACCAAAACAAUAUAAUUCAAUUUAUUUGGUCAUUUUUUAUUUUUAGUCCUAAAUUCUAAGUGGAGGGAAUUUUUUGGAUAUGAUAUGAGCAUGCCUUUGUUGCCAAGUCUUCCUUUCUUUAUUAUCUGGACAGA